CGAGUGGUGAGUGAGACACGUUGGACGAGACGGGGGUUGAAAUCGGCCGUGGAUAGUGGAGAACCGAUGGCACGCGAGACAACGGAGUCAUCCCCUUUGUCGGCUCGGCUCGAUCGCGGACUCAGGGAUCCUCGUGCGUGGAAAGUCGGAGGGAUGGGGUCGUGACUGUCCCCGAGUGUCAGUCGACGCCCCAACACGACCGUCGACGCUCGGUCGCGGAAGAGGAAGGAAGGGAUCCGUUUUAGGGAACGGUUUUGGCCACAGCGCGGAUCGGACACAGCGUGCGGAUCUCGAGAGUCGUAGAGAGAGUCGCGCGGCGCAAGUGGAGGAGGGGAAGGAGAAGAAGGAAGAAAAAAAGAAGUAUCGACGUUUCCACGGCGCUGGAGAGAGAGAGAGAGAGAGAGAGAGAGAGAAAGAGAGAGAGAGAGAGAAAGAGAAAGAGAGAGAGAGAGAGAGAGUGUUGUCUCACCCCCUCGCGUGGCGGAUCACCCGUGCUUUGGAAGCGUGCAACGAACGAACGAGCGUGUGGUGUGCAUCGAGCGGUAUCCCGUGGCCCGGUCUCCACCAGUGAAAGUGAACGAUGCGUCGAGACCACCGGCCUCGACACACACGCCGCUAUUGUGACAGGGUUGAAUUUCUGUGAUAAGGGGGAGAGAGAGAGAGAAAAAAGAAAGGAUCGAUUUCGUCAGGUGAAUUUGGAAUCGAAGGGGAUAUAUGUAUAUGUAUGUGUAUAUAUAUAUAUAUAUAUAUAUCCGUGCAUCCGUGGUUGGCAUCUCUGGAGGGCAACUUGUGCGUAGAGUGAUCUUGGAGACGCCUGUGGCGCCAUGUCACGCGAGGUGCCGGCAACGAAAGCGGCAAAGAAAGCAAGGGGCACGAUCGUAACGUGGACGACAACGAGUCGGCACGGUGUUCUUCGGCUUCGCGGCGAUUAAGGCCUGGGCCGGCCGAUCGGUGGGACGUUCAUUAGCCAAGGUGCUGACUAUACUAAUAACAGUAGAGAGGUGAUACGCGGUAAACCGUGUCACGCAGUGGCGUAGGUCGAGUCGGGGUGGCGUGGAGGAGGAGGAAGAGGAGGUGGAGACGGAAGUGGACGAUGACGAUGGACACGGUGUUAACGUAAUACCGGUGAAAAGAGAGGAGAGAGGACGCGUUUUGUUGUUGCUGUUGUUGUUGCUCGUACGCUUGAUGAUCGGUUCGCGAUACCGAAAGUGAUACAUCUCUAUAUAUUUAUCUAUAAUAAUAAUAAUAAUAAUAAUAAUAAUAUUAAUAAUAAUAAUAAUAACAAUAAUAAUAAUAAUAGUAACAGUGUAUAUUAAAAAAGAAGAAAAAGAAGAAGAAGAAGAAGGAAGAAGAGGGGGUUUCAACAGUCAGUGCCGUUUGUUAAGUGCGUAUAAAGAAAUAUCGAGCUUAGUAAUUAAAUCGGUAGGGAAGUAGCAAAAGAGUGUAAUUAGCGGGAAAAAGAGAGAGAGAGAGAGAGAGAGAGAGUUAAUUUUCUUAACGAUCAUUCGACAUCGAUUCGACAAUAUAAUAUUUAACGACGACGAAGCAACUUAUUAGCUCGGCAAGCACCGGUCGACAAGAGUUAAAGAAAAAAAAAAAAAAAAAAAAAGAAGAGAAAUAACACAUAAUAAUCGCGAACAAAAAAGUCGAAAGUUCUGGGUAUCCAAGGAAAGAAAAAAAGAUAUCCUAGCCUAGUAAUUAUUAAUAAUAACAGUGGUGGUGCAUCACGAUACAACAAAGCGCGAUAUAAAAUAAUAAUAAAUCAAGGGAGAAUCGACGAUAGGAGACACAAGAUUUCGAGUGAUACAUGGACCGAGAUAAUAUUAUUCCGUGCGAACACGUGGAAACACCGGUCGGAACAUCCGUGGAAAUAGCCGUCGAGCUCGACGAAGGCGUCCUCCGUUCGAGUGGCGUCGCGGAGCGCCGCAGCGGAUGUUACGCCGGGCUUGGAAAGGGCGCCGGGUGAUCUACGGUAGUAGCAGCCUGGAAGUGACUAAAGGCCAUCACCACGGCGUUCAACAUGUUCGAGAUGUGGAGCGCGGUGAGUUCCAAGUUGGAACACUCCGCGACCUCCUCGGGCUCGCCGUUACCUUUGACCUCGCACGCACCGCAGACGCCCCAUACCUCGUCCGGGAGCAUAAAAGCCCAGAUCGAAAUAAUCCCGUGCAAGGUGUGUGGCGACAAGAGCAGCGGUGUUCAUUAUGGCGUGAUCACCUGCGAGGGCUGCAAAGGCUUCUUCAGGCGGUCCCAGUCGUCGGUCGUCAACUAUCAAUGUCCGCGGAACAAGAAUUGCGUGGUCGACCGUGUAAACAGAAACCGGUGCCAGUACUGUCGGUUGCAAAAGUGCCUACGCCUCGGCAUGUCUAGAGAUGCCGUUAAAUUUGGGCGCAUGUCGAAGAAGCAGCGGGAGAAGGUCGAGGACGAAGUUAGGUUCCACAAGGCACAAAUGAGAGCGGCCUCCGAGACUGCGCCCGACAGCAGUGUGUUUGAACAUCAGACCCCAAGCAGUUCGGAUCAGCAUCAUCCUUUCAAUGGCGGGUAUACGUAUGGCGGUAGUGAAUACGCUUCCCCUGGCCCCGGCACGGGUGGGUCGGGUUAUUACAAUCAUCAAGCGAUGACGAACUACGAGCUUAGCGCCGACUACGUCGACAGCACGACGACCUACGAUCCACGACCGACGCAGACGCAGGUCGCGGACACUGUCGCCCCUGAUACGCCCUCCGCUGUCACAGCGGCUGGGGUACUUCCCAGCGUGGUCACCACCGAUCCGGCACAGAUCAGCGAGCUGCUCUCAAAAACGAUAGCGGAUGCACACGCAAGAACGUGUCUGCUGUCGACGGAACAGAUCCAGGAAUCUUUCCGGAAGCCGCACGACCUCUCCAGAUUGAUCUACUACAAGAACAUGGCGCACGAGCAGCUCUGGCUCGAGUGUGCCCAAAAACUAACCACCGUUAUCCAGCAGAUCAUCGAGUUCGCCAAGAUGGUUCCUGGAUUCAUGAAGCUCUCGCAGGACGACCAGAUUGUUCUAUUAAAGGCUGGUUCCUUCGAGUUGGCUGUGCUACGUAUGAGCAGGUACCUCGAUCUCCAGCAGAACUGUGUCCUCUAUGGUGACACUAUGUUGCCUCAGGACGCGUUUUACACGACAGAUACGGCGGAAAUGAAGCUUGUCUCUUGCGUGUUUGAGUUGGCCAGGAGUAUUGCCGAAUUGAAGCUUACGGAAACAGAGCUGGCUCUUUACAGUGCAGCGGUUCUCCUUAGCCCCGAUCGGCCGGGGUUGAAAGGGCUCGCGGAAAUCACGAGACUGUCCCAGGCGGUGAUCAGGGCGCUCAGGUCGGAGCUGGAUCGUAACCACGUGUCGCCCAUAAAGGGCGACGUGACGGUGUGCGACGCGAUCCUCGCCAAGAUACCACAGCUCCGCGAGAUCUCCCUGUUGCACAUGGACGCCCUGGCGAAGUUCAAACGGUCCCAGCCGCACCUCGAGUUCCCGGCCCUUCACAAAGAGCUUUUCAGCGUCGACAGCUGAACGAUCGACGCGGCGCAGGGCGUCCCGACGCUGACGAACAAAGCGGUACGCGAGUAGCGCCGGGCCUUGCUCUGUCAAGAUUAUUUCCUUCGUAAAGAACGUAUUGGGCCUUAAAUAAACAUAACAUUGUUAUAUAUAAAGUAUACAUAAAAAAGCAACAUAAAGUAUAUAUAUGAAAGAUAUAUAGAAGUAUAUAUAUAUGUUUAUAUAUAUAUAUAUAUAAAUAUACAUACGAUAUAUAUAUAUACAUAUAUAUAUAUACAGAUAUAAAAUAUAUUAUAUAUAUAUAUAUAGAGAGAGAGAGAGAGAGAGAAAGUGUGAUGAAGCUUGAGAGAGAAAACGCGUGAUACGAUUGCGUGCGUGUGAGAGAGACGAGAAGCGCGAAUGGGAGUGAGAAAGAGAGUGACAAAAAAACGAUAUGACAGGGAAAAAAAAAAAGAAAAUAAAUGGAGAAAUGCAAAAAAUAUAGGAGGAGAGAGGAUCGAAUGAGAGAGAGUUAGAUAGCUGCGUGAUAAUAAAAUUAACGAGAGAGAGAACUGAGAAAUAUCGGUUGUUAUGAUGAUACACAUAUAAAAAAGUAUAUAUAUUGUAUUAAUUAAAAUAAAGCAAAAAAAAAAAAGUGGUUAAUUAAGGGCCCUGCCAGUACGGUCCACGGACGACUUAUACAAUAUAUACAUAUAUCUAUAUUACGGGGGGACUGGCGAUGUACGGGGGAAUGUUGGUCGGGCCGUCGCUCGCGUCAUAGCAAACCGAUUAUACAUUUAAAUAAACGCAAACGGUGCAAAAAAAAAAAAAGAAGUGAAGAAUUUACCCGAACGAAAUAGCGUCGUGUCGACGAAGUCGUGUCAUGGUAUCGAGCAUGGCUGGGAAUCGCAUCGAUGUCAAAUCGAGUCGAGUCAUUUCAAUUUUUGUUACAGACUAUCAUCGAGAGAAAUAAAACAAAAAAAAAAAAGUAACGAAUCAAGAUAGAAUAGAAAGUAGAAUAAUAUAUAAUUGGAAGCGAAAAGAAAAAAAAGAAAACGAUGAACUAAAAAAAAAAAGAAUAGAUCAUCGAUACGAUGAUCAGCCAGCCACGCUGUGCACAACUUCGCGUUAGUGGUUCGCAUAGUUCCCUCUCUGAGCUACUUUAGACUCUAUAAUAUGUAUAAACAUACACGCAUAUAUAUAAAUAUCAUAAAUAUAUAAUACAUAUUAAAGAAAAAAAUAAUAAUAAUUAAAAAAGGGUGAAAAAAAAAAACGAUCACAAUUCCGACGGCGCGGCCAAGAUUCGACGGUCCCUUGUGCUUAAAGAGAAGAUUUAAGAAAUAACAAAAAGUGGUAAAAAAAAGAGGUGAAACAGAAAUGGAAAGAUAUAAAAAAAAAGGAAGUGUUAGAGAGACAUAUUAUAUAUAUAUAUAUAAAAAUAAAGAUAAAAUAAAUAAAAAAAAAAAAAAAAAAGGAACUUUUGUCCCUGGACCGGCCUGGCCGGCUCACGGAUGCAACACGUGGAAAUAUAAUGAAAGGAAAAAAGAAAAAAAAAACAGAAAAAGAAAAAAAAAGUAUGAGGAACACAGGCACACGGAUACAUACACACGAUAUACACACACCUGCAGCGAGACUAAAAAAAGAAAUACGACUAAAAAUGGAAAACACUUUUACAUACACGAUGUCUGCGCGAGCGCGUAGAUAGAGAUUAAAUCGAGGUAUUACAUUAUGUGCGCAUUAUAAACGUUUUGGUACUGUACGGCACUGUAUGACGCGUCUCUUUAUACGUAAAACACGUACUUCUUAACUAAAUAAUAAUAUCCAUCGCCGCGGUGAAGCCUCUCGAAGCGUUUUUUACGCACCGUUACCGGCUUUCCUCGCUUUCGUCGGCCGGGCGAAAUACAUACCACUGGCUGAUAAAUCAUCCAUCGUGCCACGAUGCCCGAGCGUGUACAUGCCAAUCCGAUUUCCGUCAGAUUUCGGACGAUCGUGUGCUUUCCUCAUUCUUAUUAUAAUAAUAUGCUUGUCGAUAUUUUUUUUUUUUUUAAUUUUCCAACAAUUCAAGAGUUGAAAGAAAUAUAGAUUUUUCUUUUAGACUAAAUUGAAACCUCGCUAUAAAUUCGGCUAUUAAGUAUUAGUAGUAUUUUAAUUUGAAACGAGACAUGUGGUUUUUGGAUUGGAAAUAACGUCGAAAACGUAUAUGUGAUACAAUUAGCGAAUUUAAUGUAAUUAUAUAAUAUAUAUUUGUACUUGUAUAUUAGAACUCGUACGUUUGUAAUUUCAUUCGAUAUGUUGAUUCUUUGCGCUUUUAUUUCAUGUGUUCUUCAUUUUCUUCUUCGAAAGAAUAGUUUCUAGUUAGAGAGAAAGACUAUCUUAGAUAUCCAGAUUGUCGAUAACGUUAAGCUUCUUGUCUUUUGUACAAAAUAAUCUUGUAAGCUUGAUAAAACAUACAUUUCAGAAACGAAAACUGUAUGAAACUGUAUGAAUUUUAUGAACAACACGGAACAAAAGUGCAAAGAAUUGAAUUUCUAUCGUUUAAUUUAUCAUAAAAUCACUUAUCUUCGACAUUUCAAACGUACAAAUACCCCGUCAUUUUUAUAUUAAAUAAACGUUUUCCCAGACUUUUGAAAUCAACAAACAAACAAACAAACAAAAAAACAAAAUAUUAACUACAUCGACAAAAGGAUCGUACAUGAAUGUCCAUCUCUUUCAUCGACCAAAAAAAAAAAAGAAAAAAAAAAACUAAAAAAUAAAAUACAAAUUUAAUCUCGUUACAAUGAACGAACGACAAAUUCUCGACAAUGAAAGGGAUUAUUACGGAAAUCGUUUUGGCCCCAUGCUCGAUGCACGGACUGUAUAAAUGAUCGUGAAGAGACACUUCGUGGAUUCAAUAUAUAUCAAUGUGAUGACGAUCAACGACCAAUAGGUUUUUCCUUUUUCGAGAGACGUCGUUUGUUGCGGCCGCACGUUUCACUUCGCUGUUAAGUCCGUUUUUUGUACGCGAUCAACGAUUCCGGUUGAAGACACACACGUUAACUCGUUAGUUAGGUAUUAUUAAACGUAAAGGCCGACCGUUUUUUAAAUCGCAGAGGAGACGGUUUGGUCGUCAAAAAACACGAUAUCGUUGGCGAAUUAUCGUUAUAGACGCUUUAAGAGGAACGCGAGUAACGAUCGGGUAACGCGUUCACGAUCUUUCUCGAAUAAUUUCGGUCUCGCGUUUACAAUUUUUCAUUACACGAGAAAAAUUCUAACUUCGAUAAAUUCUAAGGAAAAAAGAUCGAUCGAUGAUCGAGGAACCAUACUCGAGAACCUCGUGUUCCCCGUGAGUUAAUUGCGUUUGCGACGUUCUUUGCGACUCGAUCGAUCUGCGAUCUCUCAGAUUGUGACCGUGUCGUCGAUUAGGCAGAGGAUGUUGUAUAGUUGAAUAAAUAGUGUUUUAUACGUAUAUUCUCUUCUCGUGAAAAAAAAAAAUAAAUAAAUAAAGCGACGAAAUACGGAGGACACGAAUUUUGAUUAUAAACUUGUUAUUAAAAAAAAUUCGAGUCGAGCGAAUAAUAGUAGGAAAAUUUUGUUAGUUGAAAAUUAAUUCCAUGAAAUGGUUAAUAUUAAUAUAAUAAAUUCUGAACGUGAUCCUGGCGCCCUUAAAUAUAUCUGACUGUUUUUUGAAUCUUGAUAUAAACGAAUUGAUAUAAACAAUUUUAAAAUCGUGUUCAUUGUGGCGCCAGUUAAAAAGACAAAAAUGGCGGCGAGCGAGCGCCGAUUAUUCAACUAUAGCGUUCUUUCUGCUUGUAAUAACGAACGCCAAUUAUCGAGAACGUCGAGUUUAGCCGAGUUUUUAAGCCGCUAAGUUUUCGAGUUUCGUAGCGUACCGGGAGCGUCGCCGAUACUUUACAGUUAUAAAAGUGUCCCACAUUUUUAGCGCAGCUUAGCAGACCGCGUAGCGUGACUGUAGUUUAGACAUUUAACAAACUUUAUAAGAUAAGUUUUUUCUUCACGGUAAAGUAUCGUCCUCGCCUCGUAACAAAAAUCCUCUUCUCUUUAUUAUUGUAAUUUAGCGUGACGUUUAAUCCCUCAAGCGGCGGCCCAAAACACUAUAUACGAAUUCAUCGUUCAUCGAACGAGAUAAUCGAGCGCAUUUUUUGUAUUCGCGAUGCUAAGAGUAAAAGAAAAAAAGAAAAAAGAAAAAAAAGACAGAAAAAGCGAUUCACAUCAUGUUACAUCAACGUUUAUAAUAUCGUUCACCGCGUCCAUUUAAUUGUAUUGCCCGAGGAUACGCUGCUUAAGGGAUUAUUCGGAUUUUAAUCAUCACUUCGAAUCCUUCGAAUGAGUCGAGCGACGUGUCGAGUGGAAAUAAAAGAAUACAAAGGAAAAGUAACGGAGAAUAACAAAUAAAGAGAAAUGUGGCGAUGAUUGUUCGAAAGUGGAAGAGGGAAACGUGUUUUCUCGUACAAGGUGUUGUUUAUUGAAACGCCAUAGAUGCGAGAAAUGAAAUAUAAUCGAAUCGUAAAACGAAAAAGAGAAGGAAAGAAGGGGAAAGAAUGGAAAAGGAUGAAUAGGAGGGAGAGAGAGAGAGAAAGAGAGAGAGAGAGAGAGAGAGAGAGAGAGAGAGAGAGAGAGAGAGAGAGAGAGAGGAUUGAAUGUUGAAUUAUAUUAUAACAUUGAGGAGAAAAAAAAGGGGCAAGUAUGAGAGUAUAAAAGAAAUAGGAACAAAUUGGAAUGGAAGAAGGCUCGACGAGAGCGAUGGCGAAUCCGUCACGGUGCGCCGACUGACACGUUUUCGGACGGUUUAAAUAUACUUAUAGCGAAAUUAAGAAAUGCAUAUUAUUCUGCCGAUUAACGAGUAAGUGCGUAGAAUUCGUUUAACUGUAGAUAAAGAAAAAAAAAAAAAAACACGUACACAGUCACGUACGCGCGAGUGCAAGAUACAUUACCACCUGUAAUCGUUCACCCACAACCACCGACCCACCCAUAUGUACACAGCGUACAAAACACAGGUACAACAUAUACAUAAGUACAUACAUACAUACAUAUAUACAUACACAAUCGAAUACAUUGACACUGAUACAGGAAACAAUUACAAUUACUUAGACAUCGGGGAUAAUCCGAUGUACGGUUUAAGAGACAAAAUAAUAUUAAAAAAAAAAAAAAAAAAAAAGAAUAAUAAUAAUCACAAAAACGAAACGAAUGGAAGAGAGAAAGUGAGGAAGCGAGAGAGCGAGAGAAAGGGAGAAUUAAAGAAAAAAAUUAAUGCAAAACACACACACACAAAGGCGCAACACGUACACGCGCACGCACGUUGCAAUUAGACGUUAUUAUCGCAAUUUGGAGUUAAAUUUUAUAAUAUAUAAUAUAUAAAAAUAUAUAUAUAAUAAAUAAAAG